CGUACCGGAAAAGAUUCCUCAUAGGUGCGGAUGCAAAGAUGGCGGAAGAGGAGAGCCAGUUUGAAGAAUUUGAGCAGAUAGACUUUUUAAGAGAUAGACAUGUACGAUUCUUCCAGAGAACGCUUCAGGUGUUACCUGAGAGAUACGCCUCCCUGGAGACAACCAGGUUGACUAUUGUAUUUUUUGCCCUGUCUGGUCUGGAUGUGCUGGAUGCUCUGGAUGUAAUCGAUAGGAACAUCAUGAUUGAAUGGAUCUACUCAUUACAGGUUCUACCAACAGAGGACCAAUCCAACCUAAGUCGCUGUGGGUUUCGAGGAUCGUCACAUAUUGGUAUUCCUUACAGCACCAAGGGUCCAGGGGUGCUCCAUCCAUACGACAGUGGCCAUGUAGCCAUGACCUACACAGGGCUGUGCUCACUGCUAAUACUGGGAGACGACCUGAGCCGCGUUAACAAACAGGCCUGCCUGGCUGGUCUCAGAGCACUGCAACUAGAGGACGGCAGUUUCUACGCAGUGCCAGAGGGAAGUGAAAAUGACAUACGGUUUAUCUACUGUGCAGCCAGUAUCUGUUACAUGCUGGAUGACUGGUCAGGCAUGGACAUCCAGAAGGCCAUUGAGUACAUCAGAGGAAGUUUGUCAUAUGAUAAUGGGUUUGGCCAGGGAGCUGGGCGGGAGUCGCAUGGUGGCUGGACGUACUGUGCCAUAGCCUCUCUGUGUCUGAUGGGACGACUGGAGGAGGCACUGAGUCAGCGGGAGCUGGACAGAAUUCGACGCUGGUGCAUCAUGAGGCAGCAGAGCGGCUUCCACGGGCGCCCCAACAAACCUGUAGACACAUGCUACUCCUUUUGGGUGGGAGCUACGCUAGAGCUCUUAGAUGUGUUCCAAUAUACAAACUUUGACAGGAACAGGAGCUUCAUCUUGUCCACACAGGAUCGGUUGGUGGGAGGCUUCGCUAAGUGGCCAGACAGCCAUCCAGACCCUCUCCAUGCCUACUUAGGGCUGUGUGGUCUGUCUCUGAUCGGAGAGCCCAGCCUGAGGAAGGUCCACCCAGCUCUUAACAUCACCCAGAGAGCCUUUCAGCACCUCCAGCAGCUGCAGCAGACAUGGAGGGACAACACUGGCAGCUGUACCAGACAGCAUUGACAGAAGGAUGAUCCACAGCUCUGCCUCUGAACAGGUUCGGUAAUCAGGAACAUCUAAUAGAAGUCAGUCAGAGGCAACUGGACUUGUGUUUCUGGAAGACGUGAGGUCACUCAUCUGAGAGGCCUCCUCAUUUCAGGAAUCAGGAAAGUUUUUGUAAGACUCCAGUUACACAGUGGUAACUUCGGGGAGCUCAUUUUAAGUCCAUCUAAAGCGACUUUUUUGUUAAGCAAUAUAAACCACACUUUUUUUGCUGCCUUUUUAUUAGUAGACAAAAGUAAAUACAAAUGUGCAUUGUGGUUUGUGGGAAUAAAAUUAUGUGCCAGAAUGUUAAAUUUGAGUCACUAGUGACUUGAAGACAUUUCAGAUGCCUGAAUUUCGCUACCUUUUUUUAAAAAAUGAAAUUUUGGAAGCAGUGUCUACAUAGGCUGUGUAGCAAAAGCAGCACUUGAAAAGAGCAGCAGUUUGAGUCCACUGUCGGUGACUACACGGGAUGCGUUCAGGCACAUCAUACAAUCGCUGUGUUUGUAAAACGGAAGAAAAUGGACUGAAAUGUAAAAAUACGCUUUGAGUUACAAGAAUAUAGCGCUAGUGUAACAGGAGCUGCUAUGCUAUUAUAGUAUUGAUUUAAAACCGAAGCGUAUCUGUUCCAUCAGACGAACGACUGAAAAACGCAGCUGAAAUGCUUCCUGUGUAGACAAACCUUUAGCCUCAUCAUCACAGUCGACACAUCUGCUGUAAAACUUCUUAGUCAAAGAUGAACACUACAGGCUUGCUUCCCAUGAACAUUAGAAACAUCCCCGAAGACAACUUUAUUCACAAUUUGACAGGGAACCCCAGAGCAGGUUUAUGGAACAUCUAAAUUAUGUGUUUAAAAGGUUCUGGGGUAACUGGCACCUUCAGCAGCUGAAGGUUUUUUAAGUCAGCUUGUCUAAUUUUGUUUUGUGCUAAAUAAUGUCCCUGUAUUUAAAGAAAAUAUAACAAAUAAAUAAGCAGAUUGA